AUGGCUACCCGCGUUGAUAAUAACGAUGUGGUGAGGUUGUUUCUUCAAUUUUGCAAAGAGAAUUCUUUGCAUGAAACUUUCCAGACGCUACAAAGAGAGUGUCAGGUUUCUCUUAAUGCCGUAGACAACCUCGAAAACUUUAUUGCUGAUAUUAAAAGUGGAAGGUGGGAUGCUGUGUUACACCAACUCUCGCAACUUGAGCAACCAACAAAUUUGCUGCAAGAUUUGUAUGAACAGAUUGUUCUGGAGAUGGUUCAACUUGAGGAGAGGGACACUGCACGCGAUCUAUUAUGCCAAACCCAAGUCCUGAGGGCCAUGAAAACGGCGCAACCGGAACGAUUCUCGAGACUUGAACGUCUGCUUGAUCAGCCAAUUUUUGACCCCCGGGAGGUCUACCAUGAUCAGGAACAUUCCAGUAAUGAGAAAAGGCGUGCUGAAAUUGCUCGAGCUCUUUCCUACCAUGUCUCUUCGUUUCCACCUUCACGACUGAAGUGCCUUAUUGGUGAGGCUUUGCUUUGGUAUAGUCAACAUCAUUUACUUUUGUUCGAAACAAAGUUUGAUUUCUUGAGAGGAAGACCUGCUAUCAUUCAAGAUUCUGAAGAUACGUGUCCUACUAGGCUUGUACAUAGCAUAGAUUUUGCCAAGUAUUGUCAUCCGCUGUGUUGUCGGUUCUCACCGGAUGGACAAUUUCUUGUUUCCGGCUCAGCCGAUGGAUAUAUUUACGUUUGGAACCCCACAAAGGGGGAACUAGUCCAAUUUGAAUAUCUCCAAGCUGAUAUAGAAUUUAUGACGCAUGACGGUGUCCAGUGUCUCGAUUUCAGUAAAAACUCUCAGAUGCUUGCAACUGGUUCAAAAGAUGGUUCAGUUAAGGCUUGGUCGAUGUACACUGGGUGUAAAAGCGUUUCAUUCUCCCGCACUGGCGCAUACGUACUGACUGCAUCCCUCGACGGCACUGCGAGAAUCCAUGAUUUUUUGACAGUAAAACUGCUCAAGGAAUUCCGCGGUCAUACUUCUUUCGUGAACGACGCAAGAUUUUCAAAGGACGACUCUCUGGUUAUAACCGCAUCCAGUGAUUCCACAGUCAAGGUAUGGGAUGCUUGUAGUACUAAGUGUCUGCGGACUUUCAAGUGGGAUGGUGCAACCGUGAAUUCAAUCCAUCUUUUCCCGUCAACUCUCGAUGACCACAUCUUGGUCUGUAACAAAACUUCGUCGGUAUAUAUCAUGACGCUUCAAGGGCAGGUUGUGAAAAGCUUCUCAUCUGAUAAAAGAGAAGGUGGUGAUUUUGUGGCUGCUUGUGUAUCGUGUAAAGGAGAUUACAUUUACUGUCUUGGUGAAGACAGGAAGUUGUACUGCUUUAGCUAUCAAUCCGGGAAUUAG